UGAAUUUAUAUUGAAAAAAAAUGUUUUGUUUUUAUUUACAUUUUAUUUCUCAAAAUUUUAAUAAAUUUUCAUAAACAAUUCAAUUGUAUCAAGUGAAUAAAUAAUGUCUAUACAUUCCGCCAGCUUGGGUGAAAAAAUUGAAGACUACGAAGUCUUGCAAUUAUUAGGAAAAGGUGGCUUUGCCAGCGUCUACAAGGCAAGAUGUUUAAAAACAAAUAUAAUGGUUGCUAUAAAAAUGAUCGACAAAAAACUCAUCCAAGGUGCCGGAAUGUCGAAUCGUGUCCGCCAAGAAGUUGAAAUCCAUUCACGACUCAAACAUCCUUCAAUUCUCGAAUUAUACACAUUCUUCCAAGACCAAAACUAUGUUUAUCUUGUCUUGGAAUUGGCUCACAAUGGAGAAUUGCAUCGUUAUUUGAAACAAAGUAUGCGUCCGAUGAAUGAAGCCGAAGCUGCCAGCAUUAUGAGACAAGUUAUUUCGGGUUUGUUGUAUCUACACUCCCAUCAAAUCCUCCAUCGAGAUAUCUCGUUGUCCAAUCUUCUACUCACCAAAGACAUGCAUGUAAAAAUUGGAGAUUUCGGUUUGGCCACUCAGCUCAAGACGCCACAUGAAAAACAUAUGACAAUGUGUGGAACUCCAAACUACAUAUCUCCCGAAGUUGUUUCCAGACUCUCGCAUGGUCUCCCGGCUGAUAUCUGGGGACUCGGCUGCAUGUUCUAUACUCUACUCGUUGGACGACCUCCAUUCGACACCGAUGCAGUGCAAUCUACGCUAACAAAAGUCGUCAUGUCCGACUUCCAUAUGCCCGAACAUCUUUCCUACGAAGCCAAGGAUCUGAUUGACAAGUUUCUGCGAAAGAAUCCUAACGAACGUAUUUCUCUGGAAGAAGUUCUUCGACAUCCUUUUAUGAUAAAGCAUUCGGUUGCAGAGGAUAAGACUUACAAUACUACUGUGUCAUCAGUAGACAGUGGAAUCAUUACUUUUUCAAGUGGAUCAUCUGGGAACUCUCGUCAACUCUUGCGUUCUCGAUCGAAUGAGAAGUUCACACCGAUGGCUCUUGGCCAAAUCCAAGAACAUCAUCCUUACAAUACCUCCAACUACUCCUCAUUCCAAAAUCCUAAACCACAGCAGUUUGAUAGUAUGGAAACUGAUUCGACCCGAUGGCCUCCUCAAUCAGAGCCACCAACUUAUGCUCAAAACUUUAACCAGUUCUCUCACAAACCCGUCGAUCCAGGUGGUGGAUACUUUUGCAAUGAAAAUCAACCUCCUGCUAUGCAUUAUGACCAAUUCGAAUGUUUGCCACCAAAAUCUAUCCUUACUCCUUCUCCUCCUCCACCCCCGAUGAUUCCCGUAGCUCCCAAAGUCGAAGAGAAAAUCAGUGUUCCGCCUUUGAACACUGAAAGACUCCAGCCGACGAGGCAUAAAACUAAGAAUGCCAUCAUGAGUAUUCUGAAAACAGGUGAAGUUGUAAUCGAGUUUAUUAAGUACAAAAGUCGGGUUCAGGAAGACCGAAUCACAGAUAUCAUUUGGAUCUCUAAAGAUGGCAUGAGAGUUGUUCUUUAUCAACCAGAUUCUGGACGAGGCCUUCAAAUUCGUGAUGAACCGCCAGAAAUGCCGACAACAGGUGCUGAUGGGAUCUUCAGUUAUGAAAAUCUACCAUCAAAGCACUGGAAAAAAUAUAUAUAUGCCUAUCGCUUUGUUAGCUUGGUCAAGGGUAAGACUCCGAAAAUCACUUAUUACAGUUCGCAGGCAAAGUGUCAACUGAUGGAGAGUAUGGUGGACUUUGAAGCUUGCUUCUAUAAUGGCGCCAAGAUUGGUAAAUCCUCAAACACUCUCAAAUUUGUUGAUCAGAAUGGAAGAACACUGACUGAGGCGGCGAAUAUGCUUCCAACGGCAAUGCAAUGUCUGCAUCAACACUUUGAGGAGAGUCUUAAGCAUUGUCAUGCCAUUUCGAAUGCCUUGGAGUUGGUUCAAGGUAAUGGUAGUUUGUGUUUUCCAGCGAUUAUUGGCAGGAGACCAGUUCAUGAGGUGACUGGACAGAUAUCGAGUAUAAGGGACAACUCGAAUUUUGCAUAUUCGACUCCAAAGUCACAACAGGGUUCAUUCAACUUCUCUGUCAGUACUCUUUCAUCGGUGAGAGGAGGAUCGAAUAGUAAUUCUGCUGCAGUUCAUUCGAAUGUUCCAAUUAAGAGGGUUAAUGUUCCUGGAAUUGGUAUUGCAACUGAGCUAUCCCAUGGAAUUGUACAAAUUCAAUACCACGACGGAUCGCACAUCUCGGUGAUACCUCAAGAGCAAGGAGGUGGCAUUACAUUCACACAAUCUUGUGGAACAUCCACACACUUUGCCCACCAUGAAGAUUUGCCACAUUUGGUGAGAGAGAAAUUAAAUGACUUGCCUUUGGUAACGAGACAUUUGAAUAAUGCCUCACAGACGAGACAAAUUCAAAGGGAUUUUUAUCCAUCGACACCACAAACUGGCAAAUUGCAACCACCAGCUUCUCAGCAACAAAUAAAUCAUCAAAUGAAAUAUUUUAGAUAAAAUGUUUAUAUUUUGUUGUUGUUUGUUUUUUUUUACUCUAUAUAUAUUUUUUUAAUAUUAAUAAUUAUAGAUUUAUUACUUUUUUUUUAUAUAUUUAAACGAAUACAUUAUAUUUAGAGACAAUUUAUUUUCCACAAAUAAACGUUAUUUUUGUAAAAAAAAAAAAAAACAUGUAAAGACUGUUAGUCUUCAUUUUUAAAACGAGGCACAUAUAAA